ACAAAAAACAACACCCACCCCACGCGCCGGGGGGAUGAAGGAAAAGAGCGGCGCAAAAAAGCGGCGGGAGUAGCCCGCCCUCCCCCUUCACACACCCCGCACACCGCCCUCCCCUUCCUCCCCUCCCUCAGUGAACGAGGCCCCUCGCAGAACGGCUCCUUGGAGAGGAGGGGGGGAAGGAAAAAAAAAAAAGGCGGAAAAGAAAAAAAAAAAAAAAAAGAAAAGAAAUUAAAUUAAAUCACCGCCGCCUCUCCAGCGGUGCCGCGGCGGGUAAGGGGAGCGGCGGUGGCUGGGCAGAGAGGAGGCAGAGCGCGGGGGGCGAGCCGGGGAGCGCCGCGCUCUCCCUCCCAAACUUUGAUGAUGACCAUGACUACGAUGGCUGACGGGCUGGACGCGCAAGACUCCUCCAAAUCCGCCUUCAUGGAGUUCGGGCAACAGCAGCCGCCGCCGCCGCAGCCGCCGCCGCCGCCCCACUCCCAGCAGAGCUCGCCGGCCAUGGCCGGCGCCCACUACCCGCUGCACUGCCUGCACUCCGCCGCCGGCUCGCACCCGCACCACCAGCAUCACCAUCACAGCUCGCCCUACUCCGGCAGCGCCGGCUCCUACAACCACCGCUCGCUGGCCGCCUACCCUUACGUGAGCCACUCGCAGCACAGCCCUUACCUCCAGUCCUACCACAACAGCAGCGCGGCCAGCCAGACGCGGGCGGACGAUGCAGAUCAGCAAAAAACCACAGUGAUUGAAAACGGUGAAAUCAGAUUUAAUGGAAAAGGGAAAAAGAUUCGGAAGCCUCGGACCAUUUACUCUAGCCUACAACUCCAGGCUUUAAAUCAUCGCUUUCAGCAGACCCAGUACCUGGCACUUCCAGAGAGAGCUGAACUGGCAGCUUCAUUAGGACUUACCCAGACACAGGUGAAGAUCUGGUUUCAGAACAAGCGCUCCAAAUUCAAGAAGCUGCUGAAGCAGGGCAGUAACCCCCACGAGAGCGACCCUCUGCCAGGCUCGGCUGCCCUCUCCCCUCGCUCUCCAGCUCUGCCUCCAGUCUGGGACGUUUCAGCCUCUGCCAAGGGAGUCAAUAUGCCUCCCAACAGCUACAUGCCUGGCUAUUCUCACUGGUAUUCUUCUCCACAUCAAGACACAAUGCAGAGACCACAAAUGAUGUGAAUUGUCCAAGAGAAAUAAUCCCGAAGAACGCCUCGUCUCGACAUGGCAAGAAGUUCGCCUGCUUUGCCAAGCCGUGCCAGCAAACAGGCUCUGUGUGAACUUGCAGAUGCGGCAAAGAGAC